AAGAGUGUUGCAACAGUUAAAAAGCCUUCUGGUUGAAUUAUUACAGUGGAGUAUAAUCCUUCAUGAGUGUGACCUAAUUUUGUUUACAGUCUAUGGGUGUGACCUGCACCAUCGUCACCCUCAUCAUUUAGGACUAGGUCAUAUUUCACCUCAUAAUCACCUCGUAUUCAAACGGGAAAAUUACGCUGGAAUUUUCGGAGACCGACUCGGACAUGUCAUAUGUCUUCAUCAAUGACUCGUCGCAGACCAGUGUACCGUUACUGCAGGCUUGUAUCGAUGGGGACUUGAGUUUCGCUAGGCGUCUGCUGGAGACCGGCUGUGACCCCAAUAUCCGUGAUCACAGGGGCCGCACGGGACUGCAUCUGGCAGCGGCACGAGGUAAUGUGGACAUCUGCCGCUUCCUGCACAAGUUCGGCGCAGACCUGCUGGCCACCGACUAUCAGGGCAACACUGCACUGCACCUGUGUGGACAUGUGGACACCAUUCAGUUCCUGGUGUCCAAUGGUCUCAAAAUUGACAUUUGUAACCACAACGGGUCGACCCCCCUGGUGCUGGCUAAGAGGAGAGGGGUAAAUAAAGAUGCCAUUCGGCUGCUGGAAGGCCUGGAAGAGCAAGAGGUCAAGGGCUUCAACAGAGGAGCUCACUCCAAACUAGAAGCCAUGCAGAUGGCUGAGAGCGAGAGUGCGAUGGAGAGCCAUUCGCUGCUCAAUCCAAACCUACAGAACAGCGAGGGUGUGCUGUCCAGCUUCCGCUCCACCUGGCAGGAGUUUGUGGAGGAUUUGGGCUUCUGGAGGGUCCUACUGCUGCUGGUGGUCAUCGCUCUUCUGUCUCUGGGCAUUGCUUACUAUGUUAGUGGCGUACUGCCCUUUUCUGCGAGUCAGCUGGAGUUGGUCCACUGAGGGCCAGAUUGUGUUAUAUCCCGGGACAUGACCA